ACCACUUCUGAGGGAAGACACCAGACAAACUGCAUUACAAGGGAUUGGGUGACCACGCAAAACACAGACAUCUAACAACAUAUGGAGGCCUUACGCUCAAACAUGCUGGCCAUCAUCGAGCAGACAGACUAUGAGCACAACUGUUACAUGGACAACACCAGACAGUUCAUCCUUUUGAUGCUUCUCAAAGUAUUCAUGGAUGGAAGUGCGAUGUACCUCUGCUGCUUCAGGCCACUGUUGUCUUUUUUCAACAUGUGCAGUGUCUCUAUUGUUUUGGUUGACCUUGUAUUGACAGUUUCCAUGAUUGCAACACUUUGGUUGGAUGUCCAAAUGACUCACAUGGCCAUGUGCUCCAUAAUGGCAAACUUCUCUGCCGCCUAUUCUGCUCUGCCUGUACCACUGGUCUGCCUGGCUAUUUUGGACUAUUACCUCGAAGACAUUUGUGCUGGUAGGAAAUACAUAAAGUUAGUCAGAAACCCAGUCUUGAUAAUCUUGAUGUGGUCAAUAGCUGGACUUUACGCUCAUGUUACAGUGGAUGCCACAUUGCUUGAACAAUCAAGAAAUAUAAAAUAUAUAGUAUGUGAAAUCAAGGAAUCAAAAGCUGUUACAUAUUCCAUAGUUGGGCUAACCACUGUCAUGUUUAUCACUCUAUUGCCAUUUUUAUCACUGAUACCACAUUGGGUGAAGGAGGCAGACCGAAUUUCUGAAGCAAGAGAAGAGAUAGCUGAGAGAAGGACAAGUGAUCUAAUGAUAGAUAUAAACGGAGAAGAUACAAAAUGCACAAAAAAAGAAUUUGCUAUGCCUCGUCCACCAAUGUGCAUUAGCUUACUAAUUUGUUUUGGAGUAUUUUGGAUACCGUACCUCACCGUGACCACACUUUGUGUUAUGUUCGAGUUUGGGAUCCCUGCUUACAUUGGUGUGAAUCUCCUUUGGGUGCAGUGUGUCAACAGUCUGCUGGCAGGAGUGGUGUUUUGGGUGCGGAGUGACAUAAUGAUGCCCUACAGCAGUCAACCUGAAAAUGUUUGUUUAUGGCAGGCCUACUGGCACCUGAGCACUGGCACAGAGGACCACCACCAACUGUUUGCGACCAUAUUUAAUCCUUCAAAAGGAGAGAGAAGCACGCCAUUUUCUGUUUGAUGAAAAGCAAAUUUAACAGACUGUCACGGCCUUAACCAAAAGGAUAUUGAAACUUUGAUGCUUCUAUGCAAACUGAAACAAAUUUUACAUCACUUUGUAAAAUAUGCAAAGACGACACCUGCAUUCCAGGAAUCAGAAAGGACAGGGUGUUUUAAAGCUUCCUGAAAACUGAAAUACGAGGAUGUGUGAGUUGUAAAUUUUAGCAAGCUUCUGUUCCAGGUGAUUGAUAUCUCCAUUUUAAUAAUUAAACUGGGAAGUUCUGUGUCGAAUGGACAGUAUCAGAUUCAGCGCUAGUUUCUAUAAAAUGCACAGGUCUGUUUGUGUUUGAAUUGUGUGAAAGUCAAUACAGAAAGCAUAAGUGCAACUGAACCUACUGUGACUUGAAGUAAUUCUAUCCCACACUUUUGUAAGUGUUCCUGAAGGUUCUAAACAACUAAAAUAGCGAUUUUCCACAAAUCAUCAUUUGUGAUGUUACAUGUGACGAAUAAAUAUGAUUUAAUAUA